GUGGCCAGACCUGCCGAGGGGGACACAGGAUGUGAGAGCUAAUAGGAGUAUCUAACGGGACAUGCGGACCGGACCGGUUUCUUCUAAUAUUUCAAGUGCUGUUUGUGUGAAGGCGUGAAGCUCCGCCAUGCCGCUGGUGAAGAGGAACAUCGAGCCCCGUCACCUCUGCCGAGGGGAGCUCCCCGGGGGAAUUGGCAGCGAGCUGGAGUGCGUCAUGAACAACACGCUCUCCUCCAUCAUCCGGCAGCUCAGCAGCCUGAGCAAACACGCAGAGGAUAUAUUCGGCGAGCUGUUUAACGAGGCCAACACCUUCUAUCUGCGCGCCAACUCCCUGCAGGACCGCAUCGACCGGCUGGCCGUCAAGGUCACACAGCUGGACUCCACCGUGGAAGAAGUUUCCUUACAGGACAUCAACAUGAGGAAAGCCUUCAAGAGCUCCACCACUCAGGACCAGCAGGUGGUGUCCAAGAGCAGCGUGCCCAUUCCUGUGAAGGAGAUAUACAACCUGAGUGAUAAGCCUCCGCCACUCAACAUCCUCUCAUCCUACAGGGAUGAUAACAAGGAAGCGCUUAAGUUCUACACCGACCCCGCCUACUUCUUCAGCUUGUGGAAGGAGAAGAUGCUCCAGGACACGGAGGAUAAAAGGAAAGAGAAGAGGAAGCAGAAGGAGCAGAGGCGUUGUGUGGAUGGAACGUUGCAGAGGGAGGUGAAGAAGGUCCGAAAGGCGAGGAACCGUCGGCAGGAGUGGAACAUGAUGGCUCUGGAUAAAGAGCUGAGGCCGGACCACCGUCACACCAUACACCGCGACAGAGGGGCUUCCUCCGAGGGCUCCAUGUCCCCAGAGAACAGGGCUCACGGUCCCGAUCAACACCACUACCCCAACAUGAUGAACCACGGCCACGCCCACACCUACUCCGGCCCCCCGCCAAGCGCCCUGGCCGCCCAGAUGGCCGCGGCUGGACACGCCCCCCGCGGCGGAGGUGAACACGAUAUGAGGGGAAGGGCCAUGAUGGGCUACCAGGGCGGGACACUGGGGCGUUCCCACCACCACCAAGUCCCGCUGCCUCCUCCACCCGCCGAGGCUAUGAACGGUGGCUCGAUGUCCCUCCCACCGAUGGACUACAGCAUGGAUGGCUAUGCCAACACCGGCCCUCCUCCUCCCCCCCCAGCCCCUCUCAUCCCUUCUGCCCAAACGGCAUUUGCCUCGCCCCCCGGGGGUCCAAUGCCCCUGGGGCAAAUGGGCGGCGCUGGUGGCUUCGCUCUGCCUCCACCGCCUCUAUGUGGAGGCCAGGCCGCUCCGCCUCCCCCCGGUCCUCCACCUCCGCCCCUUCCGGCCGGUGCCUCUCACUCCACAACCCGGAAGAUGUCUUCCUCCGCUCCCGCUGAGACCUCAGCGGUGGCCGACGCCCGCAGUGAUCUGCUGGCUGCCAUACGUAUGGGCAUCCAGUUGAAGAAGGUGCAGGAGCAGCAGGAGCAGCAGGCAAAGAGGGAGCCGGUUGGAAACGACGUGGCCACCAUCCUCUCCCGACGCAUCGCCGUGGAGUACUCCGACUCCGAGGACGACUCCGAGUUGGAAGAGAACGAUUGGUCGGAUUAACGUACAUGCAAAAAAAAGGGAGAAAAA